UUUUGUGCAACAGUGGAUGCAUGUGGCCUAGAGGAUCACUCUUGCAGCAACUGGUGGCCAAGCUCCCGCCAACUUUGAAGCUGGAUUGGGCAUGCUACCGUAUGUCUGUACCUCGAGUCAACCUGGCGACUCUCGGAAAUUUCCUCUACUCCCUUGCAGAGGCCGCUAGUACAGUUGUGAUUCCUUCGACGAUCAUAGAUCAGAAGCAAACUCGGAGCGACUCUCGUUCACCGAAAAAGGGAAAUGCCUUCUUAAACGCUCAUCUGGAGUCUCCACCGGAAGUUCUCUCAUCGGUACCCGUUACGACAAGCAACAUGUACACCUCGGCGUCCAAGGAUCGUGUCAGCGAUGGGUGUCCGAUCUGCAAAGGCAGCUGUAAAACAGUCGAUAAGUGCAAACAGUUCCUAGAACUCUCACGUGACGCACGCUGGGCUGCUGUGCGUGAGUUCGGAUUGUGCCGCAGAUGCCUUCGCCGCCAUAACGGAAACUGCAACAGAAAAGAGUGUGGCCAAAACGGGUGCACAUUCAAACAUCACACAUUACUACACAACGAUCAGCAGCGAGCUCAACAAACCACCACAGUGGAAGUUUCGGCCACUGCGCCAUCCCAGCUGGAGACUAGCCAAGGUCACGGAUGCAAUACUCACGGUACAAAAACUUCUGCUGUUAUUUUUCGAUAUCUGCCCGUAGUACUAAGAGGCCGUGGUAGAACAGUCCAAACAUAUGCGUUUUUCGACGAAGGCUCUGAGCUCAGUUUGCUCGAUGAUGGGUUGGCAAAGUCUCUGGAUCUUGAUGGCGAAACCAGUCCGCUAUGCCUGAGAUGGACUGGUGGAAAGGAGCGCAACGAAGACAACUCCCGUGUCGUAAGCCUAGAAAUAGGAGGGAUCCGGAACCAAACCAAAAUGUUUAGUUUGAACAACGUAAGGACAGUUCAAGAGCUUCUUUUGCCUCACCAGACCAUCGAUAUGAAAGAAUUGUCACGGUCAUAUCCACAUCUUCGUGGUCUUCCAAUAGAUUCAUAUCACUCCGCUCAACCACGCAUCCUCAUAGGGCUGAAGCACGCGUUUGUUGGCUUGGUACUUCAAAGCAGAGAAGGAGAAUUACAUCAUCCAAUCGCAUCGAAAACGCGUCUAGGAUGGACCGUGUACGGAGGGUGCAUGGAGCAUGUGUCUAAUGUUGUCCAAUGCGCGUUUCAUGAACAUCAGCGAAGCGACAGCAUGGACGAAGCCCUACAUCAAGCAAUGAAGGAAUAUUUUUCUUUAGAUAGCCUCGGGGUAACAAAGCCAACGAACUUACUUCGGUCCGCUGACGAUCAACGGUCAACGGAGACUCUUCUAGGUUCUCUCACAAAACUCAAGGAUGGUCGAUAUGAAACCGGACUACUCUGGCGCCACGAUGAUGUUCGCCUUCCAGAUAAUCAUGCAAUGGCCCUUCGCCGUCAUCGUUCUCUUGAAAUGCGCUUAAGAAAGGAUCCACAGUUGGCGGAUACACUGAACCAGAAAAUUGUCGACUACAUGAAAAAGGGAUACAUUCGUCAGCUCACCAGAGAGGAGCUGCACAAACCGGUAUCGCGGGUAUGGUACCUUCCAAUAUUUCCGGUCACAAAUCCCAAUAAACCUGGAAAGAUAAGGAUUGUGUGGGAUGCUGCAGCAGAAACUUUCGGGAGAUCACUAAACUCUGCGCUUCUGAAGGGCCCGGAUCAGCUGUGUUCGUUGCUGUCCAUCCUUCUUCAGUUCCGUGGACAUAGAGUGGGCAUAACAGGUGACAUCCGCGAGAUGUUCCACCAGGUGGACAUCCGAGAGGACGAUCAAAACUGCCAGCGAUUCUUCUGGACGGACGCAGCCGGUGAAGUGCGGACCUACGUGAUGUGCGUCAUGACUUUUGGAGCUUGCUGUUCGCCGAGCUGCGCUCAAUAUGUUAAAAACAUCAACGCUGAACGACACUCUCAGGAGUUCCCAAAGGCGGCGGAAACUAUAACAAAGAGGCAUUAUGUGGACGAUAUGCUUGAGAGCGUAGAGACUGAGCAGGAGGCCAUUCAGCUCGCAAACGAAGUUAAGCUGGUGCACAGGAACGGCGGGUUCGAAAUACGCAACUGGGUCAGCAACUCCAGUCGAGUCUUACACGCACUGCAAGGAGAGAACGUUCCAGAGAAAAACUUGGACUUGUCCUCAGAGCUUGCAACGGAAAAAGUUUUGGGAAUGUGGUGGUGCACAUCAACAGAUGCCUUCACAUUUAAAAUCAGCUGGAACAGGUAUGAUAAAGAAUUGUUGAAUGGUCAACGUUGCCCGACAAAGAGAGAGAUUCCUCGGGUGCUCAUGACAAUCUUCGACCCGUUAGGUUUGAUAGCCCACUACCUCAUGUUCUUGAAGAUAUUAUUGCAAGAAGUAUGGCGUUCCGGAGUAGAGUGGGACGAGCAACUCCAAGACGAAUCCUUUGAGAAAUGGAAACAAUGGCUCCAGAUCCUUCCUCAAGUAGAGCAAACAAGUAUUCCUCGUUGCUUCCGAAUCCACACCUCCUUAGAUACCGACUUUGAUACGCAAUUACAUGUGUUUGUCGAUGCGAGCGAAAAUGGUUUUGCUGCAGUUGCAUAUCUCCGCUUUCAUAAGAACGAUGUCGUGGAAUGUACACUAGUUGCUGCUAAGACACGAGUGGCCCCACUGAAGUUCACCUCUAUCCCGAAGCUUGAGCUUCAAGCAGGUGUCAUAGGUGCUAGACUGGCCAAAUCAAUUUCCGAGUCCUUGUCCGUCGCAAUCACCCGUCGUAUUUUCUGGUCUGAUUCCCGGGACGUAAUUUGCUGGAUUAACUCGGAUCACAGGCGGUACAGUCAAUAUGUGGCAUUUAGAGUGAGUGAAAUCCUCGAAAUCACCGAUAUCAAGGAUUGGCGCUGGGUACCCACCAAGCAAAAUGCAGCGGACGACGCCACCAAGUGGGUUGGUUGGCCAGACUUGAGUCCCGAUAGCAGAUGGUUCAAGGGACCAGACUUUCUGUGGCGUGCUGAGUCGGAAUGGCCGCUUAUCCCCUACAAUGCUUUCUCAACGGCUACGGAACUUGGUCCAAAUCUGCUAGCACAUUUCACAGUUCCAGAGCCAAUAGUGGACGUGGUCGAAUUUUCCAGUUGGAAGCGACUUCUCCAUGUGAUAGCUUUCAUAUUCCGGUUUCCUGCAAACUGCCGACGCAGGCUGCAGAAAUUACCAUCCUCUACUGGCCCGCUAGCCACCGAAGAACUGAUCCAAGCCGAAGCAUAUUUGCAGCGACUUGCGCAAAUUGACUCUUUUCGUGAAGAAAUUGCUAUUCUACAAAGAGCGCAGGAUCUUCCAAAUAAGCCACUUACGCCUCUGCCAAAAAAAGCGCUCUGUAUCAGCUUUCUCCUUUCCUGGAUACCCGAGGAAUUCUCAGGAUGCAGGGCAGAACACGGAUGUGCCAGUAUUCAACCGAAGACUCGAAAUAUCCAGUUAUAUUGCCGCGUGACCACCACAUAACCACACUAAUAGUUGCACACUACCAUGAAAAGUACCACCACUGCAAUCAUGAAACCGUCAUUAAUGAGCUACGCCAAAGGUACAACAUUCCGCGGAUUCGUGUAUGCUAUGGUAACAUCAGAAGGCGAUGCCAGCGAUGCAAGAACGCAAGUGCCAUUCCGCGUCCGCCUAUCAUGGCUGAUUUACCACCGGCCCGACUGGCAGCUUUUGCACGUCCCUUCACACAUGUGGGGAUCGAUUACUUCGGUCCCAUCAAGGUAUCCGUUGGACGCAGAAUCGAAAAGCGCUGGGGAAUGCUCGCGACUUGUUUAACGGUCCGAGCGGUGCAUAUUGAGGUAGUGCAUACCCUAAGUACGGCCUUACGUGUGUGUAAUGGCCUUACGAAAUUUUAUCGCUCGCCGUGGAACUCCAGGAGUGAUUUAUAGCGACCGUGGCACAAACUUCGUUGGAACGAGUCGAGAGCUCUGCGAUGUAGAGGCAGAAAUCAACGAGCAGGAGAUCAUUAAGGAGUUCGUCAGCACUGAAACGCAAUGGGUGUUUAAUCCGCCAGCUGCUCCACAUAUGGGGGGGGAGUUGGGAGAGGUUGAUUCGCACCGUGAAAAACAAUUUGAUGUCUAUUAGCCCGUCGCGUACGCUACGAGAUGAAGAACUCCGAAACUUCUUGAUUGAAGUCGAGAACAUAGUUAAUUCUCGCCCGCUGACUCACGUCCCGAUUGACGAUGAAUCCGAACCGGCUCUCACUCCGAAUCAUUUCGUAUUGGGUUCUUCCAACGGUACGAAACCUCUCACUUUCAUCGACGACAGCGGAAUCACCUUGAAGCAAGCUUAUACUACAUCGCAGGUUCUAGCAAACCAAUACUGGAAGCGUUGGGUAGCAGAAUAUCUUCCAGAUAUCACUAGACGAACCAAAUGGUUCACCUACACGAAGCCGAUAUCCGUUGGUGACAUUGUAGUCAUCGUUGAUCCCCAGUUACCACGGAACUGUUGGCCUAAGGGCAAAGUCAUCGGGGUCAAAACUGCAAAAGACAACCAAGUCCGAUCCGCAACAGUACGAACUGCUUCGGGUGUAUAUGAGAGAGCAACAGCCAAGUUAGCAGUUCUGGAUGUUAGGCGCGACGAUGAGUAAGCCAACUACGACGUAGGCGUACCCGGGGGGAGUGUUAGCUGACCCUAUUGGACAGCGCGCGCCUUUUAUAAACCCUCCGACGUCAACCACCUGAUGGAGCCUGUGAUGACAAUGGAAUGGAGUGACAGAUACGACUGUCACUGACCGUGAGUAGCAAGAUUAGAACAAAUAAUCCAUGCAGAAUCAGAUUGUCAUGAAUUGAAAGUGAAUUCUACUUUAAUUGAAAUAUUUUUCCAAAUUUAUUAUUCUAAUGGGGCACGUUCGGUGUAGUACUAGAUUUGUAGUAAUGAGCUGAAUUUUAGUAUGGUGAGAAGGUCAAUUCUUCGUUUCUGCAAUGAAAUGGUACAAAAAGCGUGGGUAUUAUGAUUCCUUGCCUAAUUUGAUGCUGUUUGAGCAAAACUUUGGAUAAUUAUGUUGUUUAUGUUGCAAGAAAUGGAGAAAACAACAACAUUGUUUUACAAAGUUUUGCUCAAACAGCAUCAAAUUAGGCAAGGAAUCAUAAUACCCACGCUUUUUGUACCAUUUCAUUGCAGAAACGGAGAAUUGACCUUCUCACCAUACUAAAAUUCAGCUCAUUACUACAAAUCUAGUACUUCACCGAUCUGUCCUAUUGUGUGAACUAUAAUUAACUAGCAGGUAAUCUAAACAUAAUUGGUAUAAUGCCUAAAUCUAAUGAAAUCUCACUUUAGAGCUUUAGUUCACAAUAUAGCGUAGUGACGGACUUUGCAUAACCUGAAUUGAAACAAUUUGCGUUGGUUGGUAAGAUGUUAGAAUGUUUAUCUACAGAAUUUCUUCUGAAGUCGCAUCCAAUAAUACUUACAGCCGUCCCUGAAUACAUGACGAAAGAUAAACACGACUUAAUUACCGGACAUACAUGACUUAGAGGGACAUUAAACGUAAGUGCUACUAGACUUAAGACUAAAAGCUCACACUAUUUGCAUUGAUGAACUUGGACUGCAAAACUCAUAUACUAUGUUCCAUAUACUCCAUACUGUCCCAUAUAGGAAAUUUGUAAUCUCCCAAUAUAAGAGCUCAAACACAGUCUGCUCUGGAGGUUAUUCAUCUGAAAGAAAUCCCCCCGGUCCGGUACUCAAGCAACACUUUGUAAUAUUUGAGCUUAAUAAACAGUAGCAAAAAUAUCACGGAAUGCAUGUAGGAAAAGCCUUUUUACCCUUCUUAUACUCAUAAGAAGGGUAUAAAUAUCGCUCGAAAAACCGACUUUCGAUCCGAGGCCCGGAGGGCCGAGUCUCAUAUACCAAUGAACUCAGCUCGACGAACUGAGCAAAUGUCUGUAUGUGUGUGUGUAUGUGUGUAUGUGUGUGUGUGUGUGUGUGUGUAUGUGCGUUACAAAAAAAGUCACGCACGUUUCUCAGCCGUCUCUCAACCGAUUUGAGCUCUCUUGGAAGCAAAUGAAAGCUACUACAUCCUAGUAGAACGCUAGUGAAUUUUUUUUCGAUUGGACGUUUGGUUACCGAGAUAUCUCUCGAAGAGUACUUAUGAGUCAUACAUCUAAACUUUUUAAGAUUUUUGACCAAUUGUAUGAUAAUAAAUAUUUCGGCCGUUUGUCAAUCGAUUUGGGUUCUCUUGGCACCAAAUGAAAGCUACAGCAUCCUAGUAGAUCGCCUAGAAAUUUUAUUUCGAUUGGACAUUUGGUUACAGAUAUAUCUUUCGAAAAAUACUUAAGAUUUAUACAACUAAAUCUUUUGAGAUGUUUGACCAAGUGUAUCAUAAUAAAUAUCUCGUCUGUCAACCGAUUUCGGUUCUCCUGGCACCAAAUGAAAGCUACAACAUUCUAGUAGAACCCUAUACAAUUUCAUUAGGAUUGGACAUUUGGUUACCGAGAUAUAUUUCAAAUAGUACUUGGGAGUAAUACAGGUUAACUUUUUGAGAGAUUUUUGACCAAGGGUACCAUAAUAAAUAUCUCACCCAUCUGUCAACCGAUUUGGGUUCUAUAAGCACCAAAUGAAAGCUACAAUAUCCUUGUAAAAUGCCCUGAAAUUUUAUUUCAAAUCGACAUUUGAUUACUGAGAUAUUUUACGAAGAGAACUCUAUGAAAACUAACAAUAUGUUAAAUGAAAGCUUUGAAUUUCUAUAUUGUGGGAAAAAUGCAAGAACCGGACAGCCAAAAUAACUAGCUAAUGCCAAAACUGAUUAACUUAGUAGAUAUAUCAUUUUUAUCCUUUCUACACCAUAACCAUGAAUACCAAGUACUUCGGAGCUAAUUUAAUCGACUGAUUAAGAGAUAUUAGACAAAGUGUAUCUCGCUGAUUUUCUUACCAAUUUGUUAAUCGAUUCAAGACCUUUUGGCAGUUAACAAAAGAUACAAUAUUCCAGAAUUUGCAAGCUAUUUUUUAAACAUUCCAUACAAGAUUCUAGGAGGUGUCUGGCAUUUCUGGUAGUUUAAUCCAUGGUCCAUGAUGCUAUUUUGGAAACCAAUCCACUAGAUGCCAAAUCCACAAUAUUUUCUAGAACUUUUGGUCAAUUACACAAAAUAAAUAUGUUAAAUACAAAUAAUACAACAAUAAUUUUAAUAAGUGUAAGAAGGGUUCUGUUCACCAUAGGUGGAUUAAAUCGGGUUUUUUACCAUUACUGUUUUCUGCAAAAGCUUCACGAGCUUGACGAAAAGAUUACUGCUUAUUAGGUUUCUCAAGUGCAUAAAGUCAUCUUGCAAAUGAAAAGUUUUGUUCGCAUGAUACAUCACCGCUGAUCCGUUUCACGUUCGUCGAUGAGCAUUCUCACCCAUCUGGGUCAUCAUAUUCACCUCUACCAUUAUUGAAUGCCGUUUUAGAAGCCUUUUUUUAUCCUUAUUUGCUUUUUCACCGCAAGGAAGUAUCACCGAGAUCACUGCAGGCCAUCAGGCAGAGCCACACGGAAAGAGGAUCAGCAUCCGGGUUUUUUUCUCGACUCUUAUACCUACCAUUGGCUGACAGACGGUGCCUUCUUUGCCUAUGCAAUGUCGCUGUUGAAAAGCAGAUGGAUACGUUAUCAUUCUCCAUCGCGACGUUGGUUGCCUUUAGGGGAAAAGUGGUCCCCAUGCCAACCUUAGAGCGGAAGGAACCUUGGCACAUUUUUUUUCCUCCUUUCACAUUGCCUUCCAUCACAAAUCAUCUGGAUAUAUUGAUGCAUAAACCGUUCAUCGGGGAGACUUACGGUUUCAAUAAGUUGCCAGCGGCGAUAUUCCCAGAAAAGAAAUCAAUUUAUCCAAAAUGGAUGCCAUUAGUUUUAACGCAAUUUUGUUGAGGCUUCUAAGCGAGAAAAAAAAAGUUUACCAAGGAGUUACUUUUCUGAGCAGUAACAAUUCAAACAUGUUUUAAUAUCUCGCAUUGCAGCAUGAAUACUACUUGAAGCAGCUUAAAUUAUAAACAAUAACAUGGAACGAGCUCACCAGCUCAUAUUAUGUUCUGCGUAGCAUUUGUGGUUAUAUUCCUGAAUAAACUGCACGCGACUUCAUAAAAUACAUCAUAGAAUACUACAUAAAAUACAUACAGAGUUCUUUUUCUGAAGAAUUCCGUGUCAAUUUCCACUUUAACAGUAUUUGUGAAAUUAAGUUGAAGUCAAGGAAAAACAAAAACUACUACACCAAUCACGUUUAAAUCAGUUAACCAAAACACCUUACUCAAGCGAUAAAUUCAGUAUCUCUCUGCAACCGCAUAUGAGUAGACAUAUGAGAACAAAAUAAAUAAAUCAUUUCGUUUAUUUCUGGAAUCCAACUUCUUUGCACUUCUCCUUUUCUGCCAACCAACCACCUCGAAGCAACAUUCCAUCGAAGGAGCAAGGCCUUUCACUUCUGUUUGUCUGUCUCGAGAAGCUUUGGUCUAUCCCAUCCAAACCUUCUUGAUCGAAAUGGUUUAUUCAUUUAGUGGCACUCGGUGCGGUGUAGGAUUUGAGGAAGAGAAAAACUAUAUCAUAUCGAUUGUGUAUUUUGUCUGCCGGCCGGUCGACAUGAAGGCAAACACGCGUGAUAUGGACACGUGGACCUGAUGGUGGAUCAGCUCCCUAGACUACUCAAAAAUUGAACGCUCGGACGUCAUCGCAGCAGGCCUUGCCUUUUUCUGCUGCUGCGACGGUGAGAGAAUGCAGUAACAAGGACACUCGCAAUCCAAGCAAUCCCAGACCAGUCCAAGUAAAACAAAAUCGACCAACUUUUGAACGUGCUCAAGGGGCUACCGGAGCGAUCGUGGCCUACUACAUACUGCUCGCUCUUGAACUUACUCAACCAACAACUCCUUCACCGGCCACGUCCUCGCCGUCAUCUCAACCCCCGCUCGCACGCAGCAGGGACGUAAUGGAAUUUCAAUUUCAAGCCACUCAAAUCGAUACUCCGGCAAUUAUUUAUAACCCGGGACCAACAACUGCACUGAAAAGAGAAACCAAACCACACAAAAAGUUGUUCACGCGCACUUAUCGCAUUUCGCCAUCGUCAUCUGGCGUCGUCGUCGUCGUCGUCGUCAUCGUGUCGUUAGAGAUGGAAUCUCCCUUGCGACACCCCCACCUGCUGCUAGAACACCCUCGACGACAGCCAUCCAUAUGCAUGCAGCUAAUGCAGAACGCGCGGUUAUUCUAAUAUGUAGUUCACACUUUGCUGGCUAGCGUUAACGAGCGUGUUUAGUACUUCAACGUGCCUUAUUCCUGUUUCGGAUACCUUCUCCGCGUAUACGCUACCCUGCUCUGCCCGAUGGCUGAUCCACUCACUAUGGACCAGUUGGUGAGACUGGUGUACUGAAUAUAUUGAGAGGCUAUGUUUACUCAAAAAACGAAUUUUCGAUAGAAGACUCAGAUGGUCAGCCACAUAUACAAAAGCAACUCAGUUCGACGUAUUGAGAUAACCCAAAUGCCAAUGAAAGCUGAAUAACAGCUUAUUCAGCCAAAAUUUUCAAAAUCAAGAUUAAGAACGACUUAUUCAUCUGUUGUACAGCAAUAAUGUUUGUUGGGGAUGUCUCUGUAUGUGUGUACGUAUGUCUGUGUACUUAAAAUUCACUCAUUUUCAAGGCACUUUCUAUUAGCCGAUUUAUAUGAUUUUAGCACGAAUAGAGCCGGAAUUUUACCCCAAAUUCCCCCAGAAACUUCAAUACGGGCUCUUUUAUAAAUUUUAUUAGAAAACACUAUUAAAAAUAAAUUAAUUAAUUAUGGUAUUUCACUUGCAGGGCCCAUAUAGCCGAGGCGGUAAACGCACGGGUAUUCAGCAUGACCAUGCUGAGGGUGACGGGUUCGAUUCCCGGUCGGUCCAGGAUCUUUUCGUAAAGGAAAUUUCCUUGACUUCCUUGGGCAUAGAGUAUCUUCGUGCCUGCCACACGAUAUACACAUGCAAAAUGGUCAUUGGCAGAGGAAGCUCUCAGUUAAUAACUGUGGCAGUGCUCAUAGAACACUAAGCUGAGAAGCAGGCUUUGUCCCAGUGAGGACGUUACGCCAAGAAGAGGAGAGAGAGAGAGGAGGAGGUAUUUCACUAGCUAUUCCAACGAAAUAUCUCACCAGAUCAUUUUAGAAAAUCUUGCUUGGAAUGCUUCAGAAAUUCCAUCAUGAAUUUAUUAAAAAAUCCUUCAGUUGUUCAUUUAGAAAUUGUUUAAAAGAUUUCCCCAAAAAAUUAUCGAUGAAUUCAUUUAGAAAACCAUCUAUAAGUAUAUUCAGAACUUCCUCCAGCGAUUGCAUCCAGCGAAUUUUGAGUAAAUUCUUACAUGAAUGUCUCGGAGAUUGCUCAGAGAAUCCCUUCAGGAAUCGUUCAGGGAUUUCUUUCGAGAUUUAAUAGUUUAAUUUAUAACUCCAAUGUUUUUAGGUUAAAACCCAGGAAUCAAUCCAAGAACUCCUUUAUAAAUCCUGUAUUCCGUAAUUGCUCCUUGUAAUCCUUCAAAAAAUCCUUUAGAAUUUCCUUUCACAAUGUUUUCUACGGAUUCCAUUUGAAAGCUCUAAAAAGGAUUCUUCUGAAGAUUUCUUCAAUAUUUUCUUCAGAGAUUCCUUCUGAAAUACCUUCAGAAAUUUCCUCAAAAAUAUCUCCAAAGCUUCUUUAGAACUUAAGGGAUUUCCUUGCAAAUUUCAGCAAGGGCUUUCUACAACAGUUCUUCCAUGAAGUUUCUCUAAAAAUCCUCUAAAAUGUCUUCGAACCUCCUACAGGGAUUGGUCUGAAAAUUCUUCAAAGGGUUCCUCCAAGAAUUUCUUGAGAAAUUUGUUUUGAGAUCCUUGCAAAAAAUCCUACAAGGAUUAUUCAAAUUGCCCCUUCUACUCUGCCAGAAAUUUCUCUUGGGUUUCUUCAGAGAUUCCUGCUGGAGUCGUUUUAGAUAUUCCGUCAGGGAUUUUUUAAGAAGUUUUUCCAGAAGUUGCUCAAAAAAUUACUGAAAGAAUCCUUGCAAGAAUCCAUGAAAAAAUUUUCAAAGAAAUUACUGGAGGAUUGUCUUUUGGUGAUGCAUUUGGAGAUUUUUUGGACAGGUUUUUGAAAUUUUUGUGGAGGGUUUCUUGGGCAAAAAAUUCCUGAAGCAAUUCCUGAAGUUUUUUCUGGAGGAAUUCCUGAAUGGCUGUCUAAGAGAAUACCUGAAGAAACUCCUUAAGUGACACACUGAAUUCCUAGAAAGAAAAAAAAACACGAGAAACUUUCGAAAGAACUUUGAAACUUAUUUCUAGGCAAAAUUGGUAUUGAAAUAUGUUGACGGAAUCAUUGAGAGAUCUGUGGAGGAAUUUCCGAAGGAAUCUCAUAACAUAUCAAUGCAGAAAUCGCAGACAAAGGAAGUGGUGAAAUUCUUGAAGAAAUCAUUCAAUAAUCUUCUGAGGGAUCACUGGAAGAUUUUCUGAAUGAAUCCCUGGAAGAACUUUAGCAGAUAAUUCUGGUAUUCCUCCAGAUAAAACUUUCUUAUACAAUUGCAGACACAAAAAAAAAUCUGAAAGAAUGUUUUAGAGAACCGCUGAGAAAAAUUUAAAAAAUAAGGAAUCUAAAAAAAAACCAGGAUAAACUCUACAGGUUUAUAAAAGAAUGAGUUGAAAAAAUUCUCAAAAAUGCCAAAGAAUAGAUUUUGGAGGUAUUGCUGAAAGAAUCUCUGGAGAAUUCCUGAAACAUAAACGGCAACUAUUCUGAAAGCAUCUAUGCAUAAAAAUCGGAAUAAAUCCUAAGAAUAGGUGCCAACAUGUGCCGUAGUGGGGGGGGGGGGGCGAAGCAUCUCAAAGUUGGACAAAACACAACUUUUUCAGCUUAUUGCAGUAGUUUUCCACGUAUAUACAGGGGUGGCCAAAAUGUUUGGGAUACGCAACUUUUUUUUCUCUCACAAAAAAGUUCAACAUGCUAUAACUUUUCAUAGAGUACAUCAAAAAAUCAAUGUAUUGUUGAUAAACGUUUAAAAUUUCAUUCGAUUCGGUUCACUGGUUUCGGAGAUAUGACAUUUCAAAAAUUGGUUGUCUAAAAAACAGUGUUUCACGAGAACGGUUCUAGCUUCGCGAAAGAUUACCCAAUCGGGUACCAAUGGUGCACAUAAAAUAGGUUGACAAACAGUCAAAAUUUGAGAAUUUUUGAAGCAUUUUUUUUUUAAGUUACAGCAUGUUGAACUUUUUUGUGAGAGAAAAAAUGUUGCCUAUCCCAAACAUUUUGGCCAUCCCCUGUAUGUCUGGUUUGGAUGAACUUCGUCGAUUUUAUCCUCAUUUAAUUAACUUUGAGAAGAUCCCCCCCCCCUUAACCGUCAUAAGUUGACGCCUGUAAUCUUAGGUCAUCUUAAAGUGAUGUCUACUGGAAGUUCUGAAAAAAAAACCUAUGAAUCAGCUUUCUAAAGAAUUUCGUGAGAAUUUUCUAGAAAAAAUUAUUAAAUGUAUGUCAGAAAGAAUCCCUGAAUAUGUAAGGUAAUACCAAAAGGAGAAAUUCUUACAAUAAUUGUUGAUAGAGUUUCCGGGAAAAUAUCUGAAUUACUGAAGGAAAACCCUCGAGGAUUUUGUAAAUAAUCUACGAAACUCUGUAUAAACAAAACCUCCUAGAAUUGUAUCUUUUGAAGAAAUCUUUGGAGAACUCAUGGAGAAACUCCUGAAGAAAUUAUUGAAAAACUUGGAAAUUUCUAGAGAAAUUCCAAAGAAAAACUUCAGGCGUAUGAUAAUCUACCCGGAGGAAUUCCUUCAGAAAUGCAUCAACUUCUGCAGCAUUCCUAGAAUUAUAUCCUUUGAGAAACUUUUGAAUAAUUAAAAAAAAAUCCCGGAAUAAGUCCUCUGGAAGUAUCCUUGGCGAAAUUAUGAAAGAAAUGGACAGGAAUGACUUUCCAAAGUGAUACCAUUAGGAGUCUUUGUAGGAAUUCUUGCUGUAAUCAUUCUAAGAAAUAUCCUAGGAAAUAUUUUAGAAAAUAUAUAGGAAAAUCCUUGAAGGAAUUUCUGGAGGGUUUUUUUUAUGUAUAUCUGUAUUAAUUGUAGUUAUUGUAGUUCAUCUCGGAGCCCACGCUUUACUUCCCUUCCGAAGGAGGAACUCACAUUUUGCGAGUUUGUCGGGAGUGGGAUUCGAUCCCAGGUCCUCGGCGUGAUAGUUAAGUGUUCUAACCAUCACACCAGGUUCGCUCCAUUUCUGGAGGUGUCCUUGAAAGCAAUCGUGGAGAAAAUUUUAUAAAAGUACAUGGGAAGAAAUACAUUUAAAAAAAAAUCCCGUAAGAGUUCUUGUUAAACUAAUAAAAUAAAUUCAUGCGAGAAUGCUUUUUUUGCUCAAUUACAGAAGAAUUACAUGAAAAAAAUAAUGUAUAGAGAGAUUUCCCCGGUAUAAUUAACGAGACGCAAUAUUGAAGUCAUCUCCAUGGAAGCGUACUAUUAUAGGAGGCGCUGAAGUUUGGAAACCUUGAGUAACCAGUUCUGAUUACACAUUUAAAAAAAUGUUACAUCAGAUAACCUGUAACAAAAGGACCCCGUCAUAUCGCACACAUUUUUCCAUCAGUUUUUUUUAGAAUUACAGUUUGCUCUCAGUAUGAUGCUUUCAUUCAACAUUGCAUACAAGAAAUUGUUUUAUGUAAAACUAAGUGAAAUGGAAUAGACAUUUAUGUGUCGUAUUUGUCUAUGUAAGGUGUAAUUUUCAGAUUUUUUUGCUGUGUACAUCCUAAAUGAUACCAAAGUUGGAAAAACAGCAUUCUGUUCUAAUAUUCAAGUAGCAUUUUGAGGUCAAGUAGAAAAAGCCAACAUUAUUCACAUAGUGCUUUAUGCGCAUUUGCAGAUUGAAACCAACUUUGUCCAAUUUAGGUACUGUAUAGCAAUAAUUGCUACACUUAGCUUAUAGAGAAUUUGGGCUUAGAAUAUCCCUCUUUUCUUUAACCGUAGUGUAUUUUGUGAAGGUCUUUUCAAGCAUGUUUUCCACUACAUAUUUGUUCAGCCAUUUUCGAUGGUUUCCUUUAAAAAACGUUUCAGCGAUUCCUUUAAAAAAUCUUUCACAAUUACUUUCAAAUAAUCUUCAAAAAAGUGUCUUCUAAGAUUUUUCUAGAAAUUCCCCCAGAAAUUCUUUCACGAAUUCUUUGAAAAAAAAAUUGCAAGGAUUCAUUGGGCAAUUUCCUUCAGGUGCUGCUCAAGAAAUUCCUUCGGGGACUUUUUCACAAAUUCAUCCAGGUAUUCCUUCAGAAGUUCUCCAUAAGUUUCUUCUAAUGAAUACUUCUUAAAUUUGCUUCAGAAACUUCGACAGUGCGACUUUUAGAAAGUUUUCCAGGAUUUUUUCGGAAAUUUACUUAGUAAUUCUUAAUGAAUUCAUCCAGCAUUUUCACGGAUCUACGGGUUCUUUCAGAAAUUCCAAAAGCGAUUCAUUCAGGAAAACUUCCAGAUAUUCCUUAAGAAAAAUCCUCCAGUGAAACGCCUUCAGAAACCCCUCUAAAGGAUUUCUCUUAUCUCUUAUCUUAUCUUCAUGGGUUUCCUCAGGAAUCCAUUUUUGAAAACUUUCCCAGUGUUUUUUUUCGGAUUAUUUUCCCCGGAUUCUAUUAGAAAUUACUUCUGCGAUUCCUUUGUAUCAUUAGAAAUGUAGUAUUCUCUCAGAUAUUCUUUUGAGGAUUCUUAAUUUUUUUUAGAGAUUUUUUUCAGAUAUUCCUCCAAAGUUUCCUUUAGAAAUUCUUCCUGAGAGUAUUCUAAAAUAUUUGAGAAUUUAUUAAGAAAAUAAGCCAGGAAUUCGAGGAAUCUGACGCGAAAUACAAAACUAUUUGAGGAUUCAUACAAAAAGAGAGGCGCGGAAGUCGAAAAAUCAUGAAAACAGCCUUAACAAAACAUGUUAUGAAAAAGUAAUACUUUGAUAAAUUAAUAAUAACAAAUUAUGUUAUAAAAACAGGCUAUGUGAUUCUGUUGUUAUGAAUUUGAUAUUCUCCUCUGCUCGGGAGUUUUUGGCGUUUCUUGGUAGUUUUACCCAUUUUUUUUCUCUGUUCCACUGCGACCAAUAUUUGAUCUAUGUAUUGUGGUAUAUCCCGUGUCCUUUGUAUAGUGCAUGUCGUAUUACUCAAUCACCAUUGAGAAGUUAUAAAGUGUUCGAUUUUGUUACAAUAGUCAUUUUCAACUUGAUCGCAAGGAAGGAUUCUGAUUGAUGGGUUUCGCUUUUAACACGCUCUUUUUUAGUUAAAAUCGGAUCCCUGGCAUUGGGCAAGUUUAGCUGAGACAUCGAUUAUUGUAAAUCGAUUCGAAUGGGACCAGCAGAAUCGAUUCACCGAUUAAAUCGAAAGUUUUGAAUCGAUGUUUUCACAUCGAUUCGAUGUAAUAAAAUGUUGCAAACCCAUAGAAUAAUCCGUUUGCAGCAUGGAGUACACGUGCAUGGGAUGAAUUAUUUGUCAAAUUAAAUUUAAUAUAAAAAAUUGUUAUUGUACAUAAAAACGUCUCUCAACAAAUUCCUGGAUGAAUUCGUGAAGAAAUUCUUAAAGAAAUUCCUGCAGGAAUACCUGAACGAAUCCCUGGAGGGAUUCCAGGAGAAUUUCCUAGAGGACUCCCAGGAUAAAUUCUUGGAUGAAUGCCUGGGGCAUAUCCUGAAAGAAAUCAUGAAGGAAUCCCUGGAUGAACUGCUGGAGCAUUCCCUAGAGGAAAUCUGGAGGAAUCCCUGGAGAAGAAACAACUGGAGGAAUUCCAGGAGGAAUCCUUAGAGAAAUUUCUGGAGAAAUUCUUGGAAGAACUCCUGGAGGAUUUUUGAAAAAAUCACUGAAGUAAUCCCUGAAGCAAUUUCUGGAGUAACCUUAGGAGGAAUGUCUGGUGGAUCUUCUGGACAUAUUCCUGGCGGAAUCGCAGGUGGAACUCCUGGAGAAAUCCCUAAAGGAAUUAUUGAAGAAAUCCGAAUGAAUCCCUGGAGGAAUCUCUAGAGCAAUUCUGGGAGGAAUCCCUGGAGAAAAAUAUGCGAAGAAAUUCUUAGAGUAAUUCCCCGAGAAUUAAUUCUGAAGGAAUUCUUGGUGGAAUUUCUGGAGAAAUUUCAAAAAAAGUUCCUAGAGAAAUUUCUGGAGGAGUUCCCAGAAGAAUUUCUGGAAGAAACCCUGGUAGAAAUCCCUGGAAAAAUCUUAGAGCAAUCUCUGAAUGAAUUCCUGAAAGAAUUCAUGAAGGAAUUCUGGAGGAAUUUCUGAAAAAAAAAUCCGUUAAGGAAUUCUUGGAAAAAUCCUAGGAAUAAUUCCUGCAGAAAUUCAAGGACCAAUUUCUGAAGGAAUCCCUGGAGAAGUUCCUGAAGAAACCACAGGAGGAAGCUUCAAGGCAAUCCCAAGGUAUCUCAAAAGGUAUACCUGUAGGAAUCUCUGGAGGAAUACCUGGAAUAAUUCCUCGAUAAAUUCCGAGAGGAAUUCCUGGGGCAUUCCUGAAGGAAUCCUUGGAGGAUGUUCUGGAGAAUUUCCUGAAGAAAUCCUUGAAGGAAUUCCUAGAAGAAUCUCAGAAGGAAUUCAUGCAGGAAUCGCUGAAUAAAUUUUUAGAAUACCUAUCACAACAAAAAAAAAAUGUUCCCGGAAGACCAAAUUAAUAACAUGCUUGGUAGAUUCAAUAACAACUUAAUCACAGAGAAUUCGAAAACUUUGUUCAUCACAUGUUUGUACAUUCUCAAUAGUAGAAUAAUAACUAAACUUGUUCUACAACAAAAUGUAUUAUUGAAAUGUUAUUAAGUGCGGAUGUAUCCCCAUAGCUUGACAAUUACAAAAUGCAAUUGCCUUGCAAAACAUGUUUUGGUAAUACUUUGUAGUGUUAAUAACAAAUUAUGAUAAAAAUUGACUUUGUGAUGCUGUUGUUAUCAAUUUGCUAUUCUCUUCUGCUUGGGUUGAUCCUUCUCAGGUUUUCUUUAGGAAUUAAUCCCUGAUUUCUUUCUGGAUUCCUCCCCAGAUUCUUUUAAAUAUUCUACCGGGGAUUCUUUCAGGAAUUUCUCCCAGGAUUCUUUAAGAUUUCUCCUGGGAUUUUUUCAGAGAUACAAUCUGGGAUUACUCCCGAAAUUUCUUCGGGGGAUCCUUCCGGGAUUUCUAAAUUAAUUUUUUCUUGAGGUUCCUCAAGGGAUUCCUUAUGAGGUUCCACUAGGUUUCUCACAGAGAUCUCUCCCAGGAUUCUGUCAGGGCUUUGAUUGAAAUAUGAUAUUGAAAUGUCGUACUUUUGAGUUUUUUUUUUUCAAGAAUUGGGUUUUUAAAUUAAGAAAAAUGUAUUGAUUUUUUUUAUUUUAUACGAAAGAGAAACUUUUUCUGAACCACUAUGAUUUUUUUCAGAUUUUUUGAACUUUAUUUUGGUACCUAAAAUCGAUUUUGAAAAGAUUUUUCGAAAUCACCUUUUGACAGCUGGGCAACUGCUUGACAGCUCCGCCCAGUACAAAAUGCGACGAGGGGUGAUUCAACAAAUCGCUCCCAUACAAAUUUCAAAUUGAUUUUUAAAUAGGUCAAUUGAAUUCAUGAAAAUUUGGAUUUCGGCUCAGUUUUGCAUGCAGAUUCAGAAUAUGGAAUUAUCUCAAUACCGCUAAAGAAGCCAAUUAAUCACAACUUCCUUGAGCAUUUCUUCCGGGGAGUCUUCCAAAAUUUCUACAAGAAUUCUUCCCACCAUACCUUCAUUCAGUCCUCAAGGAAUUUCCUUAUUGAUUAUUUUAAGGUUUUUUAUAGGGAUUACUCCCGAAAUAUUUUCAGAGGUUCUUCAAGAAUUCUUCCCAGGAUUUUUGUUCUUCAAUUUUCAGAGCUUUCAGUAAUUGAAACUAAAUUUCGCCGCUGAAAUUGUAUUUCCAGCCCAUAGUCCACCCUUACAGCGAAACGUAUUGAUCUAGCGUGCUGUGCGAUUAAGCCCCGAAGCAGCAACGACUUUUCAUCGCUUACCUACUUAUGCCCGGGGACGUCCGCCCCUCCGCUAAAUGACUUCCUCCACCACCAAGUAAUGUAGUUCUCGUCGGCAUUCAUGCAUAUGUGACUAUAUGACUACAUGCUUGAAUAUUAGGAUGACGUAUGGAAGCGAUUUAUCGUAGUUGCAUUUCGAUAUCUGAGAUGAAUGAAAGCUUAACUCAUGGCACAAUGUUUUAGACAUUCUUAUAAACGAAAUAUUUUGAUAUGUUCUGUUAUUAGAGAUCUGUGCUAUUUCGAUUUAUGGGAUAUUUUACUAGCUUAAACAGAUUAUCUUCCAAACAUUUUUACAUUUCCGUACACUGCUUAAAAAAGGAUGUGGAAUGUUGAUAUAUAGCGUAGUAAGAGCGAUAUAGACACAAAAAGAAAGCGGAAAGUUCCUUGCCGGGAGUUGGUUGUUCAGUGUGAAGAAUUAUCGGGGAACGUGUGCGCGGAUAGUUAUAAAGUUCGUUUUUCGGUGUGGCAAGUAAACAAUAUGGAAUUUGGGGAGAUCUUUCUGAUUUAUUCAUUGUAUUAUAUAUAUAUAUAUAUAUAUAUAGAGCGGUUUCAACGCUUUCUAAGUUGAUGACAGGGCUUAUGAAAUAAAAAUGUUUGCAGGAACUUGGUCAGGUGUGUUGAGAAUAAGAAUAUGUUAUUGUAGGUAGUAGCGAAAUGCAAUGACAAUGGAUACAUACAUAAAAUACUCAUCAUUUCAACUCCAUCCACAAUUUGUGGAAGUAUUGAAAAAACGUUACCCUUUGCUCGAAGAUCAAGAUCAGAAAUCAGCUAGGUUCGCGUGCGGUUGAUUCUGAUUCAAGACAUUUCAAUUAAUCGCCGAUCGAUUUAUAGAACCGGUUUCCGGUUGUUGAAAAUUCAAACUGAUCAGAGCUGAUUUAAUGGCGAUCACGAAAAGAGCGCCUAACUCUGAAGAGUGAAAUGGCAUACCUAAACCUAUGUAUGUACGUACAUACUCAAUGGUGAUCGACCGUGUGCUUAUACCCAUGGAAACCGUGCGAAAUUCGAGAGAAAAGUUGUGUUGUGGUGGAGGCUUUUAAGUAUCAAAACAACCGUAAAAAAUCGUUUGAAGGGCAGAUGUUUUAUUGCAGUCGUUUCGUUGAGCAAACAAGCAGAGAUCCGUUGGAACGAUCGUAAAUUAAUUUAUCACGAUAAACUACGCCGGUCCGGACUGUAUCGUUCUUCACAACAUGAUAGACAUAGGCUCUCGUUACUAGAUACGUACGCAGCAAUUGCAAUAUAAUGCUGUAAUGUUGUGAUACUUUGGUUGUGAAAAAUGGAAAAUAUGGAUCACCUACGACCUGUGAGUACCAAAUUUUGGGUUUAUAUCUAAAUAUCGCCUAUCUAAGCACCAACCAAUAAUGAUCGAAUUCAUUCUUGCAGCUCAUCUAACGCCUCAUAACCAAUUUGGUAUCAACUACUAAUUUAUAAAUUAACACCCACAUCAUGUAAACAUAUUUCAAAAGAAUUACAAUUUCUUCAAAACAAUAAGAUUGAAUAGUUGUCCCUCGAAUUCUGUUUCCGUCUAGUCCACUCAUAGGCGCCAAAAUAGGGGGGGGGCAAGCAUGGUUUUAUCCAUCCUAAUAUUUGACCAUUUAUCAAUUUUUUUAUACAAAAAAUUAGAAAAAAAAGGUUUUGCCCCCCAAUAAUUCGACUAAGUUAGCAUCCCUCAGUCCACUUUUUUUUUGGGCAAAAGCUGAAUUCAAUUCUCGGCACACCUUCUACGUGACACUAUGGUACAUAGGAUGAUCAAAAAUAAUUCAUGAUUUGAUUUCUUUGUGCAUUUUUGAAAUACUUAGUAGUAACAAAAAGAAUACCUCAUAUUCCCAAUAACUAUUUGAAUUGAAAACUUUGCUAUCUGCAAAAUGUAAUAAAAAUGUAGAAUAUUGACUGCAUUAAAAGAGCUAGGAAUAACCCAAGAAACAACUCAGUGCCAUCAAUAAACAUGCCAGUUUAACAGAAGUUCUACGUAAGCGCUAACAGUUUAACAAUAAUAUGUGUGAAACAAAAUGACGAUUAAAUUUUCAAUACAGUGAAACAUCACUUUUGUUGUACAUUGAACAACUAAUCGAACUAAAGUUGAAUAAAAGCUGUUUAAAACUUUCCAUCAGACCCUUUAGAAUGUUUUAAUAAUGGUAGAAGCUAAGCUGUUUUAAGCAUAUUCGAUGCCAUCAUUCCACUUAUAAUUCAUAAUGGAACAAAUAGUUUAAACAAAGUUUAACAACACUUGUUUGGUAAUGUUUUAUCAGCUGCACUAAUAUAGCCUAACAGUACACCGGAAUAAGCUUUUCUUAAAAUAUUGUUAAGCUUUAACCGGAAAAUGUUAAUCAGCAGUUUGAUAGUAUCACAAAAUCGCCACUAUUCAACAUGUUUUCAACUUGAUGAUUUUGUGGCUAUAUCGGUCUCUUUCUACUCAUAGUAUAAGGGAGUAGAGAUCAAAGUGGAAUGCGUGAAACUUCUGCCGUGCGACCUGUGCUUUUCAACAGAUCGGCUUGGUUGGUAGUUCAUACCACCUUACCAAGACAGGCAAAAGUUUCAGGCACCCGACUGGCUAUGUAUUGGUCUGUUUUCAUCACAAAUUCUAUCGAUCGGUAGCUUUGUAUUGUAAAAAUAAUGGCUCAUUAGGAGCCUAAUAGUAGCACCCACGGCUUCAUAGGCUUGAAUUUCAAAUUAAUGCAAUGCAGCAGCUUUUUAAAUUGCACUUUUUGAAAAUAUUCAGACUCACCUUUUCGUUCAACGGCAGUGAAACUGCAGACAGGAACACAUGAAAUGGCAGAUUAGGAAGUUGCUCAUGCUCGCCUCGAAUUCUUCCACAGGAUACUUCCUUGAUUUUGGCUUUAAUAUUAACCGUGCUCAGGAUCCACCAGGCUAUUCCCGCAGAAGUCAACACUCGCGUAGCGUAAUUUACCUCCCGUCACGAAUAGGAAGGGGCACAAAUCGAAACACAACUUACUUGUUUGGGUAUUUGAAAACUUGCCAGAAGAGUCACCAAUCUCACAGCAGAAUACCAGCAUUGAUGGUUUACAUAAAAGAUUGUCCAACUACUAAUAGGCUCCUGUACGACUGUAUGGUGAUCAUAAGCAACACUGCGAUAGCGAUUAUUCAAGUGUUGAUCAACUUCAUUGCUGAGAUAGACAAUGGGAUGAUUGCUGUUUACAUUUUUAUUGAUUACUCCCAGUUGGCGCCAGCAGUAAAAAUUGCAUGCAAGAACUUUUAUAGCAUCUAGUUUCCAGCACUGACAGCCCGGCGGCGACACCAUCGCUUGUAUUCAAUGGAUCGGUUAUCAACUUUCUCAAAUUCUCACCUCAAGCUCACGGAAGCAUGGUAGUCAAGAACUGUCAAAUCGUAUGGAAAAAUCGCGAAAACCAUUAAUUGUUAGAAAACGGGAUAGUUUUGUGAAAAGUUAGUGAAUAGAAAUCAAAAAUGGUUUGAAAGGACAACUUUCUAUAUUUACCUCGUGUUCCGGAACAACUUCUUCACCAAGAAAAUUCGAUUUUACUACCACACAAAAAAGUGCCAUCUGUUAUAUUUUUAGUUUGGAAUGUCGAUGUAUUAGUUGAAUAAACAGUCUUCAGCGAUGUUUAACCAAUGCGUGUACGGAAUCAAAUAUUUGAAUGCUGCUUAAAAACUUCAAAUUUAUGUUUCUUAGGUUGUUUAUUAAAAUUUGAUAGAAAUGCGUAGUAAUAGGUUUAAAAACUGAUUUCAGUAAAAAUUUGAGCAAAAUAAAUAAAUUUUGCUGAUUUAUUAAAAAAGUGAGUUUAAACAACGUUUUUCUUGACAAUUUGUUCAAUCAAAUCUAUUAUUUGUGGAGCGGACCUAGUGUGAUGGUUAGAACACUUGACUAUCACGCCGCACGCUAUGUCCAAAGGGAAGUAUUAUGAAAAUCGAAUGUACCUCAAAUGUUAUUCCAUAGGAUCGUAGGUUUGGACCUCAUGUUUCGAUUUUUUUUUUUCAUUUUUUUCCUAUUUUCCCAUACAAAUGGCGAAAAAAGUCAUUUUAAGGUUAAUUUCAUCCCAUAUAAAAAUGUAUGGAAAAAAACCCAAGUUGGAUUAUUUUAAAUCUCACAUAUUCUGAAUCUAGAGGUCAAAAAAUAUGGUAUCAGCGAAUAAAUUUUGAGGUACAUUCACUUUUCAUAAUACUUCCCUUUGGACAUAGCGUGCGCCGAGGACCUGGGAUCGAAUCCCACUCCCGACAAACUCGCAAAAUGUGAGUUCUUCCUUCGGAAGGGAAGUAAAGUAUGGGUCCCGAGAUGAACUAGCCUAGGGCUAAGAAUCUCGUUAAUACAGAUAAAAAAAAUCUAUUAUUAGAAAUGAAAUCUGUAAAAUGUUACAUGUAGCACAUUGUUCAACAUGUUUUGAAUGCAUACUGGGGGAAUAAUUGUCGAAGAAAGCUUGUUAUUAUGAGCCUAACUUCUAUUCCGUAACAACGAUCUUAAAGACUUUUCAUAAGUGAUUGAAUAACAAAACGUCAUAGAACUUUGUUUAAGAAACGUUGAACAAGCGUCUAUAAUGUGACGAUAAAUGGCUGAUUGUUUAAGCAUUGAAUGACAGCUGCCCAACCGAGUUGAAUAGAUUGUUUUUGCUAAAAUGAAAAAAAUAAAAUCCUUAGCACAACAAGUUACUGAAAUGAACUUCUAUGAACUUGAAAGUGCCAACAAAGUUCCGAGUAGCAUCUUAAGCAGCU